UUUGAGCUUAGCCAACGUACCAACAGUCGUCGCGCAUGCGUCAAGCGGCCUAGAAAGACUUGUUGUUGAGUUGUGAACGCUCGAAGCGAAAGGCGUAGUUCAGCGAAUGCGCAGCAGAAAAGAAAGUGCACAAGAUAUGUGGUGUUUUUGUUAAAGGCGAAAAGAAGUAAAAAUCAAAUAAAAAAAUCAUAUAUUUCAUAUAAAUUUAUUUCGUGCAAAUGAAGUGUGUUGAAUAUUCUAGCAGCUCUGUGUUUUAAAUUGCUUAUUACUGGUGUAUGAAUAUCAGUGUGACGUUUCUGGAAGUAUCAUACAAACAGCUAGAAUAAUACACUACAGCUAAAAGAGGAAUAACGCAAGAAAACAGUGCAAAGAGUUACUUUUGAAACAGUUCAACGAACGAGAAGAUCGGAAGAUUGACUUCGCUAAUGCACUUGCGAACAAAAGAGACACUAUAAGAGUACUUGUCUUCUAAAUCCUCCAAAAUGAGCGCAAUUGUGGGCGCCGCAACGGCGAUAGGUGGCGCAGUGACAGCGGCCACCAGUAACAGUUGGUUCAUACCGAUGUUGGUGGCGGCUAUUGCCUACUUUCAGUACGAAGAGAUUAUGGAUCCCGAGUCUAGGGCGGAAGAUUUGCCUACAGAUGAGAUAUUAGAUCGCUAUGAUUUUAUAGUGAUAGGGGCGGGGUCGGCAGGCGCGGUGGUGGCUAAUAGAUUGACCGAGGUGGAAAACUGGAAUGUGCUGUUACUGGAGGCUGGGGGAGAUGAGACUGAAAUAUCGGAUGUACCACUCAUGGCAGGAUAUCUACAAUUGAGCAAAAUGGAUUGGAAAUAUAAAACGGAACCAACAGGCAAAUUCUGUUUGGCCAUGAACAACGGGCGUUGUAACUGGCCUCGUGGUAAAGUGCUUGGCGGCUCAAGUGUGCUGAAUUAUAUGUUGUAUUUACGUGGCAGUAAGAUUGACUAUGACAAUUGGGAGGCCGCCGGCAAUCCGGGUUGGGGAUAUCGCGAUGCUUUGUACUAUUUCAAAAAAUCGGAGGAUAACACAAACCCGUAUUUAUCCAGCACACCUUACCACUCCACUGGCGGCUAUCUGACAGUCGGCGAGGCGCCUUAUCAUACACCGUUGGCGGCAAGCUUCGUUGAAGGUGGUGUCGAGAUGGGUUACGAAAAUCGUGAUUUGAAUGGCGAGAAACAGGCCGGUUUUAUGAUAGCGCAAGGCACUACGAGACGUGGUAGUCGCUGCAGCAGUGCUAAAGCUUUUCUGCGUCCGGCGCGCUUGCGUCCCAAUCUACAUAUAUCCAUGCACUCGCAUGUGACGCGUAUAAUGAUCGAUCCAGUGACGAAAUUGGCUUUCGGCGUCGAAUUCGUGAAGAAUCAACGCAUAUAUCGCAUACGCGCUACUAAGGAGGUCAUUUUAUCAGGCGGCUCCGUCAAUUCGCCACAAUUGUUGAUGUUAUCGGGAAUUGGACCACGCAAAGAGCUGGCUAAACAUCACAUACCGGUUAUUAAAGAACUCAAUGUCGGUGAGAACAUGCAAGAUCACAUUGGUCUUGGCGGUCUCACAUUUUUGGUCAAUCAACCGGUUUCCAUUGUGGAGAGUCGCUUCCAUUCUAUGUCUACAGUGCUGCAGUACGCUGUUUUCGGUCAAGGCCCCCUCACCAUACUUGGCGGCGUUGAGGGACUCGCUUUCGUGAAUACAAAAUAUGCGAAUGCUUCGCUUGAUUGGCCCGAUAUCGAGUUUCAUUUUGUUUCUGGUUCUACAAAUUCAGACGGCGGCUCUCAGUUGCGCAAAGCACAUGGCCUCACAGAUGCUUUCUACCGCGCGGUAUUCGAGAAGAUCAACAAUCGUGAUGCUUGGAGCAUAAUACCAAUGUUGUUGCGUCCGCGCAGUAUUGGCUCGAUUAAAUUGCGCAGCAACAACCCAUUCGACUAUCCGUAUAUAUACCCGAACUACUUAAGUGACGAACUCGAUACUAAGACACUGAUUGAGGGCGCCAAGAUUGCGGUAGCGCUAUCGCGCACAAAGGCCAUGCAACGCUUCGGCUCUCGUAUCUCAUCCAUCAAAUGGCCUGGCUGUCAGCAUCUGCAGAUGUUCACCGAUCCCUACUGGGAGUGUAUGAUACGUCACUACACCGUGACCAUCUAUCAUCCGGUGGGCACAUGCAAAAUGGGACCCUAUUGGGAUCCCGAAGCGGUGGUCGAUCCGCAAUUGCGUGUUUAUGGCAUACGUGGCUUGCGUGUUAUCGACGCGAGUAUUAUGCCCAAGUUGGUGAGCGCCAACACAAAUGCACCGGUGAUAAUGAUUGGGGAGAAGGGCUCAGAUAUGAUCAAGGAGUUUUGGAUAAAGAACACGAUAAUCUAGUUGUGCUUUCUACAACGAUUGGGUUAGGGUCUACGCUGUUAUAUGGGGUUUACACUUUCUUCAACUUUAGGCGUGGAGAAUCUUAGACAUUUUGUAAUUUAUUUAUUUAUUAUUUUACUUUUUUGUAUUUAAUCUAAAAGAAACAGAGUCUCUGUGGCAUGUAAAUAGAAAUUAAGUGAAAUUACGAAUUUUUUUAGGUAAUACAAAUUAUUAUUUUUAAUGUGUAUAUGAUCGAAGAAAUAUAUAAUUG